CCCUUCCGACUUGUCGUAGUUUAUCAUUGGGUUUCGUUUGGGUCAGUGUUGUCGGUCAAAGUUUAGUUUAUCUAGACCGGCUUAAACAUUACGCACAGUCAACACAAAUACACAUUUUCCCAGAAUGACAGCGCGGAAUAUAUCUCGAUUCUGGGAGUGGGGAAGAAAGAUCAUCUGUGUUGGGAGAAACUAUGCGGAUCACGCGAAAGAGCUCAAAAACGCGAUUCCAUCGGAGCCCGUGCUGUUCCUGAAACCCCCCUCUGCGUACGUGACAGAGGGCUUCCCCAUCCUGGUGCCUCUGUACACCAACAACCUGCACCACGAGGUGGAGUUGGGGGUGGUGAUCGGGAAAGCGGGGACAUCGAUCCCACAGUCCGACGCAAUGGAUCAUGUGGCGGGCUACGCUCUGUGCUUGGACAUGACCGCCCGGGACAUACAGGAUGAGUGCAAGUCCAAAGGUUUACCCUGGACUCUGGCGAAAGCGUUCAACACCUCCUGUCCGGUCAGCGAGUUCAUCCCGAAAGAGCGCAUCCGUGACCCGGGGAACGUCCGGCUGUGGCUGAAGGUGAACGACCAGCUGCGGCAGAGCGGCUGCACCGCGCACAUGAUCUUCUCCAUCCCGUAUCUGAUCAGCUACAUCAGCGAGGUCAUCAGCCUGGAAGAGGGGGACCUCAUCCUGACCGGGACCCCGAAGGGAGUGUCGGCCGUGCAGGAGCACGACGAGCUGCAGGCGGGCAUCGAGGACGUUGUUAGCAUGCGCUUUAAAGUUGCCAGAAAAGAUCACUAAAACUGACGUUUUUUGUGGACACCAGUUAGUAACUGCGGUCAAGCCAGCUGUCAUACGAAUUUGUGUGGUCAAGUCAGCCGUUCCUUAAUUUUAGGUGCGCUCGUAUUCUCAGCAUUACGGAACCUGCGACUGUGACUACAAAACAAUGCGUUGUGGGAAAUAGUGUUAAAUCGGUUCUUGUUCUUCGAGGUGAUGCUGAUCAGAAUGACUGGACCUAAAUUGAGAAAUCUUGUUUUUUGUAAUACUUUCUUUUAAAAAAAUGUAAUUAUCUGAUGUAAAAAUGAACACGAUGUCAAAUCAUGCUUAUGUGUGUUAUUGUUGCCCAACUUUAAUUUCAAUUUUGAUGAUUUCUUUGGAACGAUUAACCCAGGAACUAUUUGUCAUCUGUUGUCCACAGACAGAUGUUAAAAAUUAUUAUGAAGAACAUAAUAGUAAAGUUCAUACUAAGUAGGAAAAGGACAUUCAAAUUCAAUGGACUGUCAAGAACAACCCAGACUACCUGUUUUAUUAUCCUUGAUCUUACUGUACUUCAUUCCUUCAGGACGAAGUUGGCUACACACUCUGUAUUUUUCAGACACUUUUACUGUGUACUAUUUGAAUAAUCCUUUUUUGAAAACACAAACAUUAAACUUUUACAAAUUGGUUUA